AGCAGGUGAAGUAGUUAGUCAAGAUGGGACGCCUGGGCAGUUAGAAAACCAUGCACUGUUUGUCUAAAUGGAGAGAUGGCAUGCGUGCUCAUCUUCAGUCGACUUUCCCCGUUCUCACACCGGCUCAGAGGAACAUCAAUUUGUCUCUUAUCUCUUUUUCUGUCGUUUCUGUGCUACUGUGCGCUGUUCCCCGGCGGUGCUGUCAUGCAAAAGUCAGGUGAUCCGACGCCCAGCUGUCUGCGAGCCGAUGGAGCCAAACGGCGCCUUCAGAAAUCCCCGUCCUGUCUGUUUCCGCCGGACGCCAGGAAGAGCAGCGCCGCUGACGAGGCUCCGCACCCGCAAGCCGACCCGAGGCGGGAGAACACCCCCAGCCCCGCGAUGAGUCACCUGAAGUUCGGCAAUAAAAAGUUGCCAAACGCCAUCAUUGUCGGCGUGAAGAAGGGAGGAACGAGGGCGGUGCUGGAGUUCAUCAGGAUUCAUCCGGACGUCCGAGCGGCUGGAACCGAAACGCAUUUCUUCGAUCGAAAUUAUGAUCGAGGUCUGGAAUGGUACAGAGGUUUGAUGCCAAGGACCCUUGAAAGCCAAAUAACAAUGGAGAAAACACCAAGCUACUUCGUGACCAAAGAGACGCCGCACCGGAUCUCUGCCAUGUCCCAGGAAACUAAGCUCAUCGUUGUGGUGCGAGACCCGGUCACUCGAGCCAUAUCGGACUACACCCAGACUUUAUCCAAAACGCCGGACCUGCCCAGCUUCCAGGACCUGGCCUUCAGAAACCAGAGCCUGGGGGCGGUGGACGUGUCGUGGAACGCCAUCCGGAUCGGCCUGUACGCGCUGCACCUCGAGAACUGGCUGCGCUACUUCCCCCUGGCUCAGAUCCACUUCGUGAGCGGGGAGCGUCUCAUCACGGACCCGGCCGGCGAGCUGGCCCGGGUGCAGGACUUCCUCGGGCUGAAGCGCAUCGUCACCGACAAGCACUUCUAUUUCAACCGCACCAAGGGCUUCCCUUGCCUUAAAAAGCCGGAGAGCAGCGGCUCGCCUCGCUGCCUGGGCAAGUCCAAGGGCAGAACUCACGUCCAGAUAGACAGAGACGCCAUCGAGCAGCUGAGAGAUUUCUACCGGCCUUAUAACGUCAAGUUCUACCAAAUGGUGGGACACGACUUCAAAUGGGAGUAGCUCUUGUUGAGACUUAUUGUUACAGCGAAUACAAAACGUCUACGCAGCUGCUGCAAUGCCAGGGCUUUGUAAAUAAUGAGUCCAAGAAAAGUAACUUCAGAACUUUCUCCACCUUCACUGCAAAACAUUUAAUGAUGGUUUAACUUGAAAAUGAAACUCAGAAAUUAAAGUUCAUGAAGUUGAUUUAACAACAAGAGACAAAUUGUCUAAACAUUGUUUUUAAGUUCAUUAAUCUUAAAUUGUGAGUUUUAACUUAAUGCUGCAAUUCAACUAAAAAACAAAACUACCCAGUUAAACAGACACAUUUCUCUAUUAUAUUAAUCACAAUAUCAAGUUUAAAUAACUUAUUUUACUGUAGAAUAAUUUAAAUUCUUGUUUCAGAUCACAUGGAUCAAAUUUCUGAUCUGAUGAUGAAUUUUAUUAAACAUUUGAAUGAAUUCAGCUCAGAAAUGAAAUAAUAGCCAGUAAGUUGUGUUAAUAAAAAUUUAACACAACUUACUGCUGUAAGUUUAUCUUCCACAAACUCAAAACAUUGAGGUUCAAAAUCUAAAACUCACUACAUUUAUUUGACUUAAACAGUGGAAGAUAGUAGACACAACUAAAUAUUUUACAGUGUUUAAUAUGAAACAUACGCGGUUAAGAACUAAAACCUUUUUGGGGAAGACAAAACAAUUUAAAACAUUUCGUCCCAUAACUAGAUAUGUUGUUUUUUCUCAAUCACCUGGAAAACCUGAGGUCCACCGUGUUUUUUAUUUAAUUUUUUUUAAAAUUCAGAGUUACACAGGCUGUGCACCACAGAGGCCCUCGCAACACAAAACUGGGAUGUUUUUCUUAAUAUGCUACAAGAAAAUAUAAAUUUAAAGCUUAGCAAAUUUAUAGCACCGCAUCAAUUUGUUUUUUUUUUUUUAAAUAAUACCUCUGGAAAGAUUAAUUUAAGAAGCAGUAACUAUGCACAUUCAUUAACAUUUUAUAAGCCAAAAGUCCAUUUUUCUUCUGUUUUUCCUGAAUAAUGAGUAACAAGCAGGUUACACGAAACAACGUUAAAAUGACACAACCACACAAAUUUGAUCAAUAAAUAGAAAUCGGUGCAAUAAACCCGACUUUUCAGCAGAGAUGUGCAGCCUUUUCAUAUCUGCUGUUUUCCAGUCAGAGUUUGCUUGAUGCACAGCUGAAGUGGACGUCUUGUGUUGUUUGUCUCCAGACAUUUUUCAGUAGUUUUUCUGAUGGGACUCUUAUAAACACAGACCUUGCAGUUCCAGCGGUCCGUUCCCAGCGUCAGCAUCCUGUUUGUCGUCAGAUAGAAGAACCCUUUGAGCUUUGGGAUCACUUAUUUCACUUAGUGCCGCCGUACAUUCCUGCUGACCAGAUUGCUGACUUUCUCACAAAGGGAAGCGAUUCCAGGGAAUAGGAUUAGUUCCUCUUUAAGUCAGCUUCCCAGGCUUUAAAAGGAUAUAAUCAAGGCUCGCCUUGAAAGCAAGACCUUGGAAAAUGUCAGCGAAGUCUUUAGGGAGGGAAGCAUUAAGCUGCUGUGCGAUGGUGGGACGUCCAAACCGCAAGGCCACCGGGAGAAAAACCACCGGAAAAGAAUCUGGACAGCGAUUGUUACCCAGCAUGACGCAAAUUCAGUUAGCACAUGACAUCAAAUCUGUUUACUUUUCUAAAUGUGUUUCUGUUUCUGUUACGAUGACAUCAAAUCACGUUAAGUUUGAUUAAUUGAAGCAGAAGGAGGCGCUCAUUGUGACCGUUUUGAUGCUGUUCCAUUAAAAGGCUCGCCCUUGUUAGAUCAA